UCCCUCCUUCUCUCUCUCUUCAUCUCCUUCCCUUUUUAUCUCACCCGCUCCUUCGCCCUCCAUCUCCCUCCUCCUCCUCUUCGCAUCGAGAUGCUCCGCCACCCGGCCGUCACCCCCGUUGGCCGCGCGCCGCGGCCCAAGAGCCGGGGCAGCUAUAACUGCGGCCACUGCGGCCUCCCCAAGAGGGGCCACAGCUGCCCCACGCCGGAGGCCCCCGUGCCGCCCCGCUCCUCCCAUCGCCCCCGCCGCGCGCUUUCCUUCGAUGAUGAAUGCGACGGCGAGGCCGACGCCCUCGAGCUUGUGCCAGUGGCGGAUCAGCAGAUCCGGGAGGAGGAGGAGGAGGAGGUGGAGGAAGAGGAGGUGGGGUGGGGCGGGGAAUGGGCUCUGCCCACGACCUGUAUGGUGGAGGUGUUGCGGCGACUUUCACCCAGGGAGCUGACGCGGGCGGCGGCGGUGUGCCGCGGUUGGAGGGAUUGCGUCCGGAGGGUGUGGCGCUCCGCGGAGGAGCUCAGGAUCUGUGUUUCACCUCGAUCGGAGAUCGGAUCGGUGCUCCGCAAGUGCCAAGGGCUGACUCGGCUCAGACUGAGAAUGGAGAGUGAUGUUGAUGCCACACUGUUAGCUUGUGUUGCAUUCUCGAUACCCAACUUGGAAACUUUUGAGCUAAACAUAGCUGAAAAUGCAGUCAACAGGAUAACUGGGGAUGAAUUGGGUCGUUUUGUUGCUGACAAACAGUUUCUAUCAAGUCUUAAGAUUGAGGAUUGCACUAACAUUGGAUUUCUCAAUCUCACUUCUUCAAGUCUGUCGACACUCUGGCUAUCAAAUCUCCAUUCCAUUUCUAAAGUGGCAUUUAAAUGCCCUAAUUUAAGAGAGAUUUCUCUUGAUUUUGCUCGACAAGAAAAUGACACAACAGAUCUUGCUACAAUGAUGGAAUAUCUUGGACGUACGUGUCCACGGCUAAAAAACAUCCAUAUUGCCUCGAUUCAUCUCUCUAAUGAAGUAGUCCUCGCUCUUACAAGUGCUAACUUGAGGAAUUUACGGAUGGUGUCUUUGGUUCUCGGAUCAAGAAUCACUGAUGCUGCUGUUACUGCUAUAGUUUCCACUUACACCAAUUUGGAAUUGCUUGAUUUGAGUGGAUCAAGCAUUACUGACAGUGGAAUUCGAAUGAUAUGUAAUGUAUUCCCUAAGACUCUUUGUAGGCUCCUACUUGCUCUUUGCCAAAAUAUAACUUCAAGUGGCAUCCAGUUUGCCGCAGCUAAAUUGCCUCUUCUGCAGCUAAUUGACUGUGGGAUGAGCAUAUGCCGUGUCAAUAAUCAGUACCAGUACAAAAGCUGUCAACCGACGUCGGGCCCCAAGGGAGAAGUUGCAGAAAAGUUUGCUAGAUUCCAGAAACUGAUUAUAAAACAUGCAAAUUUGAGGAAGCUGAGUUUAUGGGGUUGCUCUGGUUUAGAUUCUCUAUACUUGAAUUGCCCAGAGCUCAACGAGCUCAAUUUUAACUCAUGUACAAACUUACAUCCAGAAAGAUUUUUGCUUCAAUGCCCAAACUUGAAAAAUGUACAUGCUUCUGGAUGUCAAGAAAUGAUAAUUGGAGCAAUACGAAAUCAGGUGUCUAAUGAGUUUGUUGCUACUGGAAAUCAUUUGCCCUCCAAGCGACUAGCUGAUGGAUCUAAAAGAGUUCCAGUUCCCCAUUUUGUUCAGCAGUUCUUUUGCUGCUUCCAACAGCUUUCUGAGGAAGACAAGCAGAAAAGAAAACGUCUGCCACAUUGCGUUGUGCACCAUGAUUAAGUAGGGUGCUUGGUCUGUAUCUAUCACAUUUGACACAAUUCAAGUCGAUUUGAGCCUUAACAACCUGUCUGUUCUUAUCAAGUGACUUUAAAUGUCUCGAGAAUUUUUUCUCUCAUCAAAAUCAACUGUUUGGAGGUGGUGUAUAAGAAUAAGAUUGCUUCCGGGAUCUUGAUGUUCUUCUACCUUGAAAAUAAGCACUUUGAAGUGCCAAACUUUCCAUUUCAA